AUGACCUACGAAAUUGGGUUGGGCACAACUGAUGUGCCUAAUCGAGGGUUUCCGCUAUGGAUAUGUAGUGUUGUGAUGGUAAUUAUAGCUGGUCUCUUCGUUUUGUCUAGACUGGCUAUUCGAUUCCAUCAAAGCCAGUUGGGAUCAGAUGAUUGGAUGGUUUUGGCAUCGCUGAUAUGCUCGAUUGUUCUCACAGUGACCGAGUGCUCUGCGGUACACUAUGGAUAUGGAAAACAUUCCAAAGAUCUCACGCAAAAGGAUCGAGUGGCCGCACUCAGGUGGUUCUUUGGCGCCCAGCUCGUAUACAAGAUUGUCAUUGCUGUCAACAAACUCUCCUUCAUGUGCCUAUACCUUCGGAUAUUCCCUCAGCGCACCUUCCGGUUGAUUUGCUAUUAUGGACUGGGGGUGAUCACUAUUUGGGGCACGGCAUACAUCUUCCUCACCAUAUUCCAAUGCAAGCCCAUCGCUUCGUUCUGGGAUAUCACUAUCAAGAACCCAAAGUGUCUAAACAAAGAGGGGAUGUGGAUGUCAUAUUCAGUCAUCAACAUCAUAUUUGACCUGCUAAUCCUGGCCUUGCCUAUAUACCCUUUGAGUCAGCUACGGCUGCAACGGGCGAAGAAGAUUGGUCUUCUCGUGGUCUUCGGAAUGGGAGCAUUUGUCUGCGUCACAACGAUCAUCCGAAUCACGACCCUUGUCCAAUCCGCCACUGACACGGAUCCGACUAGCGGUCCUCUCCCAGCCACCAUCUGGAGCGUGGUUGAAGCAAACACUGGUAUUAUCUGCACAUGUCUACCAGUCUUCCGACAUCCGCUCCAGUUCUUCUUCCCGCAUCUGUUCAACUCCUCUCAACAAACCACCAAUCCGUAUAGUCAACAGAUGGCACGUCAUACGCCGCAUGCGAGUGGGUCGCAAAGAAUCCUCACCCAUGAUGACUUAUGGCACGAUGAUGGCCUGGAGAUGGUGAAUCCAGAGAUUUACAAGGAGGCUGCCAAUGGUAGAAUCAUGACAACGACGCGCAUAAACGUCUCAUAUCAACAGGAUCAAGAAUCGGAUGCGUCAUCGCGACCAAUUCGCAGAGAUUUUGACUGA